AUGGCAGCUGACAGGAACCUGUACCCGUCUAGUAAACGGCGACGACGACGAUUCAGAGAGCCAUGGGUCGAUGAGAAGAAACGCUCUAGCCACCAUCACAUACGCUUUGCCAAACAGAGCCCAAGAGGCAAAGGUGCUGCAGACCGGGCACAGCCUAAUGGUAGGGUGCCUUCGUCUUUCCUUCGCCUUCGGCUGUCCCAGUCCCAGGCCUGCCAAACAAGGAGACACGCUGCCGCUGCGGAUCCACCCAUAUCCAGACCGACUACGGAGAAUACUGCCGCUGCAAACGGAUGUACCAGGACCAGUGACAAAGAGAAUACUGGCACAGUCCGGUCGCUCCUCUCCUCCUAUGCUAGCCAGUCAGUCAGGAAGUCAGGCCACCAUAGCAUAGACCCAAGGACAGCUAUCAAUCUCCAUCAUUCAAAGCAUGAAGCCCACCAUGAAAGGCCAGCACAGCAGAAUGAACAGGGAGCAAGACUAGCUAACAGCAUCUCUUACUUCAAUUUAACACCACCACAAAAACAAAACAAGUCAAACUCCCUGACUCUACAAGUGAGAGAGUUCAGCUCCUCCAUCAAAAAUCGGAGGUCCUACAACAACCAUCCUAACGCCGAGGAAAACCAUCUAGUUCAUCCUAACACCAGAAUAGCAUCCAAGCCCCCUGUGCAAACCCACCCCGGUAAACAAGGAUAUUUUGAGCUCGCUUACCAAGCCAUCAGCCCACACAGCCGCCCAUGGGCUACUAACUUAUCACGCUCAUCUUUCAUAAUUUUGUUUCAGUCUUUCAUGGUUUUCCUCCUCGUCAUAGGCGCCUCCAGAUACCACCACCUUCGUAUUCCACUAUCUGCUUCAUCCUUUUCACCAACUGCCCCAAAUCUUCAACACUACUUCUGA